AUGCGCGAGGCCGGGUGCGAGUGGGACACGGCCGCGCCUUGGUUAAUCCUGCAGCACGGCUCGGCCGACCUGGUGAGGCGCUGCCGGGACGCGGGCCUGCUAGAGCUUGUCUGCGAGAUGGCAUGGUGCGUGGCGGGCCUGGGCCACCUGGAGAUGUUGCAGUACAUGGUCGGCACGGGUUGCCCGUUCGACCGGAAGCUGUGCCGCGACGUGGCGCGCGGGGCUCGCGGCGCAGCUGUGUUCGCUGCAUCAGCGCGGGGCAUGGCCACAGCGGACCUUGCAAGCCUCAACCCGCGCGAUGCCGUAAUUGUCUCGGCGGCGAGGACGCCGCUGGGGGCGUUCCAGGGCUCGCUGUCGGCGCUGACGGCCACACAGCUGGGAGGCGUCGCCAUCCGCGCCGCCGUGGCGCGCGCGGGGGUGCGGCCGGAGGACGUCCAGGAGGUGCUGUUUGGCAACGUGUGCUCCGCAAACCUGGGGCAGGCGCCCGCGUCCCAGGCCGCCGCGGAGGGCGGCCUGCCGCACUCCGUGCCGGCCACCACCAUUAACAAGGUGUGCGCCAGCGGCAUGAAGGCGGCGAUUUUCGCGGCGCAGAGCAUCCUGGCAGGCGACGCGGACCUGAUUGUUGCGGGCGGGAUGGAGUCGAUGAGCGGCGUGCCGUACUACAUGCCGGCGCUGAGGGGCGGCGCGCGGCUGGGGCACGUGCAGGCGGUGGACGGACUCGUCAAGGACGGCCUGUGGGACCCAGGCACCGACGCCCACAUGGGCGCCUGCGCAGAGCUGUGCGCCGAGCGGUUCCAGAUCACCCGCGAGGACAUGGACCGCCACGCCAUCUCGGCCUUUGAGCGCGCCAGGGCCGCGGCGCUGGCCGGCCACACUGAUGCCGAGGUGGUGCCCGUUGAGGUCCCCUCUGGGCGGCGCGGCGGCGCGCCAGUGGUGGUGACGCGCGACGAGGCACUGACUAAGAUCGAUGUGGAGAAGCUCAGAGGGCUGCGGCCGUUUUUCAAACAGGACGGCGGCUCCAUCACGGCAGGCAACUCGUCGCCGCUGUCGGACGGCGCCUGCGCGCUCGUCAUCGCCAGCGCCGAGCACGCGCGCCGCGACGGGCUGCCGGCGCUUGCAGUGGUGCGCGGCUACGGUGAUGCCAACCAGCAGCCCGAGUGGUUCACGACGGCGCCCGCCGCGGCGAUACCCAAGGCGCUGGCGCGCGCAGGGCUGCGGCAGGAGCAGGUGGAUUAUUGGGAGGUCAACCAGGCCUUCUCAGUGGUUGACCUGGUCAACCAGAAGAUCCUGGGCCUUGAUCCUGCCAGGGUAAACGCCCACGGCGGCGCCGUCGCGCUGGGCCACCCGCUGGGCGCCACCGGCGCGGUCAUCAUAUCCCGCCUCAUCAGCGUGCUGCGUGCCCACGGCGCGCGCGUCGGCUGCGCGGCGAUUUGCAACGGCGGCGGCGGCGCGAGCGCGAUUGUGAUAGAGGCGCUCAGGCAGCAGCAGGGGUCGCACAUCUGA